AAAAACGAUGUACUUUGGUGUUUUGUCGACAUUAUUGUAUACGUUACUUCGGAACGUCCGAGAAGUUAUUAGUAGAAGUUGCUCUUGUGUGGAUACAUUUAGGCCGUAAAUAGUCGUGUUUCCUUUAAUUCAUAUACGCGCGUAUAUUUAUUGUACUUCGCAGGAAACAUAAAAUUACGUCAUGGCAACGUACAAUUAGCGUCUAACGACAGUCCGUUGUUGUAGCAAAGCCUUUCGGGAGCGGUGAGACGCCAUCUAAAGUUGUUGCCAGAGAGCAAAAAUUGUGACAUAAUGGCGCAACUUUUAGCGAUAGACGGCAGCAGAGUGGCGUUCUUUAUGAUUUAAAUCAAUAAGUGUAUUUGUGAUUGUACUAAGUGUUUCAUCGAACUCAGUUUUCUGUGUUGUAUUUUCGGUGAAGUUUUCCCUAAACGGAAAGGCAAUAUUGUAGCAUCUCCAGAAGAGGGUAGUGGGACAUUUCCCAACCGACUCGAUUGGCGUAAACAAAACUUCAAACGAAUAUACCAGUCAUCUUUGUGAACAUUAAAAUGAGUGCCCCUGCUGUGAAACAGUCACUACCAGCUUCUGGAACUCCAACUAAAGUUGGCACAGGUGCACCUGCUUCUGGGGCUGCAAAUAACUCUCAGUCAGCAGGUGUACCAAAACUGUCAACUGUGAGCCCAGCUAAGCCACCAGCAUCAGGAAAUGCUAAUCACAAUGUAUCAAAUAUGCCUCUUAGUUUAGUUCAGGAACACAAAAAUGGAAGCGGUCAGAACCAGACCGUGUCUGGGCCACCUAGAGGAUCUGACAAGAACAGAGAUCUUGCACCUUCAAGUGCUCUGAAGCCUACAUCAAAUGGUGUGGAAGGAUCCCCAACUAAGCCCCAACACAGUUUAACAAAUUCAGGAAAUGAUAAGAAGUCAGAUGAAUCACAAGCAGUUGCAAAUCAUUCAGCUGAUUCAAGUGUCACAUUACCUACAUCCCAGACAACACAACAAUCAGUUCUGCCAACACAGCAGGGAACACAGUUACAGUCUCAGUUGCAGUUACAACAACUGCAGAUGCAGCAGCUGUUACCACAGCAACAGAUGAUGUCACAACAGCAAAUUGUACCCCAACAGCAGCAGUCACUGAUGCAACAGCAGAUGUUGCCACAGCAACAACAGCAGCAACAAUCACAGUUUAUGACACAACAUGGGAUGCCAAGACCAUCCCAACAAAUACUACCACAACAGCAAAUGAUCGCACAACAACAUAUGAUUGCACAGCAGAAGCAACAGAUGCUAGGGCAACAGGGAAUCGGUCAACUCGUAAUACCCCAACAACAAAUGCAGACACAACAGAUGAUACAAGCACAGCAACACCUGCAAGCCCAACAGCAUCUACAAGCACAGCAACAACAGAUGCAAGCACAGCAAUUACAACAGCUGCAGGCUCAACAGCACAUGCAAGCUCAGCAUGUUCCAGGGCAGCAACAGAUACAGAAUCAAGCACACAUGCAAGUGCAGCAACAGCAGCAUCUCCAACCUCCACAUAUUCAGACACAGCAGCAGAUGCAACAUAUGCAAACACAGCAGCAAGCACAACCUCAGUUACAAGUGACACCACAAUCUGUACAGCAGCAGGUUCAGCCAUCUCAGCAACAAAAUUCAACAAUAUCACCUUCAGUGCAACAAGCACAACACGGGAAAGGGCAACAGCAGUUGCAAGAGCAGCAGGCACAACAACAGAACCAAGGAGAGAAACAGCCAUCUGCGGUGCAGGAUAACCAGGAAAUGCAGACACAACCAAACUCUGGACCGGAGGGCCAAGAAGUGUCGACUGGUGUUACGUUGGCAACAGCUGUCACCAGCAGUGUACCAGAAAAUGAAACAGAAGAGCAGAAACAGGGGGAAAAAGAACAAAAUUCCCAAGCAGAAACAAGUGGAAAGGAGCAGACCCCUAAAGAUGAAAAUGUAACGUCAGAGAACACAGAAACACCUUCAAGUACAGCAGGUUCUGAUGCUAAGAAAGAAGAGACAGAGACUGCAAAACCAGAUGCAUCAAGUGCUGUUACAGAAGUGGCACAAAUUGCUGAGACAGAAGAUAACGUUAUUGGAGGUUCUGGAGCUGGUUCAAGUGCUGAUAUGCCCAGUGCUGGUCCGUCAACCUCUGACAAUCAGAUAGCAGGGCCCUCUUCAAGAAGUGAUUCAUCAAAAUCUCGGGCUGAUGGUCCAAAAUCUGAAUUUAAAGUUGCGACGCCUCCAAGAAGCAGCAAAAGAAAACGUGAGACAAAGCCCAAUGAGGCAGGUAAAUCUGAUGCAAAAGACACCGGUGAGGAGCGCAAGUCAAAACGUAUUCGUACCAGGACACAACCUUACCAGGCUCCAUUACCAGAACUGCAGUACAUUUCCAAACUAAAGACAUUGAUGAAGUCACCAGAUGACAGACUCAUAGUCUUUUACAAGAAUGAGUUUUUAGCUGUACGAAACACAGAAGGAGGUUUUUUUGUGUGCCAAACUCUCCAAAACAUUUAUAGAAGCAGUCCUCGAAUUCGUAUACGUUGGUUGUCAGAACAAGAGCCAAAGGAAAAAGACUCCAAUGUGUAUAUUCCCGACUUCUAUGAUGCUACAGAUUUUGACUGUAUACUUACUAAUUUGGAUUUGAAGAAAGUGGACAAAAAUAAAUAUGAGCUUCCCAAUGGAGAGAGGUCACGUACUGAAAACAUAUUGACACGUGCACUACAAUUUGAAAAGGGAGUAGAGAAGCCUUCUGUGACUGAAGAACAUCCUGAUGGUCUUGAUUUAUCAUUAUAUAAAGAUGAAGCUCAGUUAAAGAAAAAGAGGAAUUCGAAGAAGCGAGUGUCAAAGAAAAGAACUUCAGCUGGGACUGAAGGAGGACCAAGCACAUCAGCUGCUGAUGCUGAGAGUGGUGAACCUCCAGCUAAGACAGUUCGUAAGUCAAAAACCACCAAGAAAACUGGGAAAGCAAAACCUCCUUCAAAGGAAAAACCUAAGGCUAAGGACAAGGAGGGAUCAAAGAAACCAGAGCGUGAUAAUGCACGUGAGAAGCGAAAUAGUGCUAAAAAGAAAACUGAGAAAAGUGAUUCGAGCAACAAAUCUAAAAAGAGCUCGUCUACAGCUACAAAAGUGACUACAGAAAAAAAGAACAUCAAAACGACACCAACUAAAAAAACAGAUUCAGCUGAAACCUCUAUUCCAACAAGGUCUGCAAAAACCAGAAGUGUUAAAGCUGGAGCUGCCCCUUCAAAGACUUCACCCAUUACUAGGACAAAGGAGCGUGAACGCAGGGGGGUUAAUGCUAAGGAGAGAAAGAAACCAGGCAAGAAGGCCUAAGACAGUGAGUGAGUGAUGUAUCGUUAUCAAAUUAACAACUCUUAAGGGUGGAUAUAUGUGGCAGGGAGAAACAUAUCUUUCUGUCUAAGUGUUUUUAUCAGCCCACAACUAUAUGGACCUGUUGAUAGUAACAAGUGAAUAUUUUAUACCUGACAUAAAGUGUUUUAUUGCACCCAACAAAUCUUUUACUUUUUAAUGGAGUCUAUUACUUUUGUUCUAAAUCAGAUAUUAUAAUGAUUUAUGGCUGUUGUAAUGGUUAUUGGCAGAAAGAGAACUGGAUGGACAUGGAACAGGGUACAAGAUGAUUUGGAAGUCUUGUAAAAUGCAAAUUUGAUCGUGGUACUUUGUACCAUUAAGUUGGGAUAGAAUGUGUAUCACAUGAUGUGUUCUGCAUCCCAGAUUAUUGUGAUGUUUCUUAUUGGAUCUGAAAAGUGAAUUGCUGCUGUUGGCAUCUUGGAGAUACAUAUCUCCAAGGAGAAGGUGGGAUCAUUAUCAUCUACACAGUGUUUUAUCUUAUUGCUGUUUCAUGGCAUAUUUGUAGAAAAGAAAGGUGAUAUGAAUGGACAGUUGUUGAGACUUGCUUUAACUCUUCAGUGAAACUUAUGUUACUAGAGUUUACAUAGAAAUGUCGUUUCUGUAAAACAUUUUUCUAGUGGAGUAGCAGCUGUUUCUAUAUAUUUUUCCCAACUGCUCCAAAAAAUACCUUACCAUUUCCCAAUGACCGCUAAAAUUAAGAAUUUAUUGUGACUACUUUCACUGCAUAUAUUUAUUCCACGGUGCAACAACUUGUUGCCACAUGCUAGCUCUGACACAGAGUUGCUCUCUGUUUCCUCAGCCAGUGCUGAGUUUGAAUUGCAUGUUGUUGAAUUUUAAGUGUGUGUGUGUGUGUGUGUGUGUGUGUGUGUGUGUGUGUGUGUGUGUGUGUGUGUGUGUGCGCGCGCGCGGAGGGGAAUGGUUUGUGGCUAAUGUGCGUGCUCCACCCCCCAACCCCUCCCCACCCCCCCGGACCCCAGUUUGCCCAUAAUUCCUUCUUACCUGUGUGUGUGUGUGUGUGUGUGUGUGUGUGUGUGUGUGUGUGUGUGUGUGUGAAAGAGAGAGAGAGAGAGAGAGAGAGAGAGAGAGCGUGAUUUAUCUGGGAGGGGGGGGGUUGUGUGUUGCGCAUGUGCAUGCUUCCCACCCCCCUCCCCAAUUUGCCCAUACUCCCUCCUUACCCAAAUAUAUAUAUAUAUAAAUAUAAAUGUGUGUGUGUGUGUGUGUGUGUGUGUGUGUGUGUGUGUGUGUGUGUGUGUGUGUGUGUUGGACUUUUUAAUUGUAAGCAGCUUAAAAAUUAGUGAAGACAAGAGAGUGACUUGAAACAAAGCAAAGGCAACUUCACUGAUGACAUUGAAAAUAUUUGCAUAUGUGUGUAUACAGAAAUAUAUGUCUGUGUAUGUUUGAGCUCAUGUGUUCUUGCCGUGUGUAGAUCUAUGUGAGGCCCAUUUAAAUGAAAAUAAAGUAUAUAUCAAUUUUAGUGAAGUGUAACAUUGUAAUCAAAACUUGUUUUUAAUAGACCACUUGCUUAGUAGUAAGCAGACUUUGUUGUUUAUUUCUUUCACACUGAAAUUUGUUAAGAACUGAAAGAAAUGUAAAAUGAAAAAGUGGAAAGUAUGCCGUUAGCUAGUUAAAUCACCAAGAGUAUUGUCUGUGUUUCUAUGUGGUAGAUUGUAGUUAUUAUUCUAUUAUUACUACAUAAUGAUUUUAUGUUGUGAUUAGUAGUGCACAUUAAUCUGAGUGUAUGAAUGUUAUAAUUGGAAGCUGUAGAGGAUGAAUUCCAGAUACAGCAUUUAUGGCAAAAAAUCUUUGUUCAGUGUUUGCGUGUGUGUUAACUAUUGUGUUACCUGCAAAUUCUGUGGGUAAGAAAGUAGCAUUUCUGUUAAGUGUUUUUGGGGGUAUUUAAGUACAUACAUGUUUAGUCCAAGAUUCACCAUAAGAAACUGCUUGACAGCAUAAUGAUAUAACUUUUAAUUGUUCUGGCUACUAUUUUAGUCUUUUCAGUUUUUAACAUUUUACAUCUCAGGCUGCCCCAGCAAUUUGCAAUCACGAAUCAGAUUAUCAGCGUGUCUGUAGCAUAAUUUUGGAGAUUUUCGAGUUAUCUCGUGGUUAAUUAUGUAUAUGGAAGCAGUAUGUUUUCAUCAAUAAAUAGUGUAGUUAAUUUUUAAGUUACUCAUUGUUCAUUUACAUUACACUUCACUUCCUCUUCGUGUCAUUCAUGUACAGCUGUACACUCUUCAGAUUAUGUACAAACAUAAAUCAUGAAAUCUCAGAGUAAAAGUAAAACACGUGUAAACUAUAGUAAAGAUAGAUAAUACGGUAUUAUUUGUAAUUUGUACCAAAUGUUAACUUUUGGAUGUACGUACGUACGUACGUGUGUGUGUGUGUGUGUGUGUGUGUGUGUGUCCCUUUCAUUCAUGAUUGAAUGUACAGUGUUAGAUCCAGGACAAAACGUAAUGCAAACAGUGAAAGCAAUCCAUACUAUAAAUAAAUUUUUCUUGUAAAUUUAAAUUUUGGGAACCUGGAGGACUACUUGCCUUUCAUUAAUGGCCCCUGUAAUAGAGAGCCAUUCAAAUGAGUCCUUAGACUGUGGACGAGACGACAACUUCAAUGACGACGUUUACCAACUUUUCAAGCUUUUUCACAUCCCCCCCCCCCCCCCCCCCCCCCCCCUUGGUUUGACUGUGGUUUCUGAAAGUUUGAUUCUCCAACUUAUAUUGCUAUAUGCUUUGCCCUGGCAAAUAUUUUCAACAAUGGUGACCAAUUAUCUGUCUUUAAAGUAGUUUAAUUCAACAUAUUGUCAUAUAUGUAUAUAAUUGUUGUGAUCCAUGUUAUCAGAAGCAGACGUUUGUAAAAAAAAAUUGAUUCAUUUAAUGAUAAUGGUGUGUGUUGAGAUCUGUUCAUCUUCACAGAGAGAUAAUUGAUGUAUUAAUUAAAUCUAACAAUUCAUGGGUAUUUAUAUUAGACUUCUGCAACAUAUAGCACAUUGUACUUCAGUAGCUCCACCAGAGAAAAAAAAUAAAAAAAUAAAUGGCUAACAGUGACCUGAUGCCUGCAGUCAUUAUGGAUGAUACUGGGCUUCUUUCGUUGUAUUGUGUGUCAUUUGUUGCUUUCUAACUUCAGGUUGGAAAGUGUAACUAUACUUCGAUGUACUUUCCUGUCUGUUGUUCUUCCUAUGGUGGUUGUAGUCUGUCAUAUGGGACAGUGGAUUUAUUGGUGUAUGUAGAACAGUGCCAUGGUACACAUUUUACUUUGCUGGGUGUUUGUUUUAAUGAGAUGCGCUUUUGGUGUGCUAACAGUGGCAUACCUUAAUUAACUAAAUGUGUGUAAUUUUAAUGAUAGAGUAAUUCUUCAAUUGCAGACAGAUUUCUUCCCCUUUCCAUCCUGGGGUGGGUGGUCAUGGGUCAAAUGUGACACAUCCCAAAAUUUGUUUCAUCAUACAUACAUAAGUAAAGAGAUGCUGUGUGAAUUGGGAGUGAAUAGCUUUCUGGCAGAUAUUCUGUUUAUUUUAUUAUUAUUAUUUUUUUUUUUACACCUUGACCAUUGGUCUUAAUCUUGAUAGUUGGAGAACUGUGUGUGUGUGUGUGUGUGUGUGUGUGUGUGUGUGUGUGUGUGUGUGUGUGUUUGCUUGCUUGCUUGCACAUUAUAUGUAGUAAUUGUACAGUAGAUGAACUGUUAGUUGAUAUGUGACACUUGCAGCCAUACUGUUCUUAUUUUUAAUUUGUAAAGGCCACAAAUGUGGAAACCCACGAGGAUCAACAGUGCAACUUUUUAUUGUAUUAUAUUGUAUUGUCUUGUCUUUGGGAACACAAUCUCAUUGUACGAAUGCUACAAAGUUCAGUAAACUUGAGCAGCACAAACUGCAAAUGAAGUUAGGCUAAUGCCUAUUUAUUUGGUUUAAAAAGAGCGCACCAAACCAAUUAGAUGGAAGAGACUUAAAAAAAGGUUUGAGCAGUUACUUGGGGCUCAGCAAACAUUCUGCUUUGAAGGAAAUGGUGAGCUGAUCUGAAGCAAAUGAGUUCAGCUGAAUGUUUCAUCUCUAGCACUAUAACUGAUUAAUGGGCAUAUUUGAAGCAUAAUAUCAAUGUCUUGGUGACAUGUAUGAUGUGUAGUGAAAAUCAUGUCUGAUGGAUAUGUUGAAUGGGGCAUGUAAAAGUGGGAAAAGGUAAAGAUGGUGUUCCCUGUUAAAUAAAACUAAAAGGGGAAAAAAUCUUAAAGCUUCACUUAAAACUCCUUGCCUGCAUAUGUUUUUGUUUUGGAUAUUAUUGUCACCAUCUGGAUCUCUGCAGGUGAUAGUGAGCUUUCCUAAACUGUUGUGGUCCUGUACAGUGAACAUUAGGUGUUUCAUAUAACAUAGUGCCCCUGCUUGUUGUAUUGAGCUCAUCAAGACACAUGACAGUGUGUGGAAUUAAUUUUUAAAUUUAAAGCAUUUGUAGAAUUUUCUGCAUAGGAAAGUUGUAUCUUAUCAGUUGACAUUGUGCAUGUGUUUAGUUCACAGUGUAUGUUAUUGAUUUUUAAGAAUUUGUGACUGAAAUAAGCCAACAGCUUUUUCUUCUAUGGUAGUGUAUAACAGCCUUUGUGUGCAAAAUAAAAAAUUAUAUAUAUAUAAAUAUAUAUAAAUAUAUAAAUAUGAAUAUAUGUAUGUUAGCAUUGUAGACAGCUGAAAUCGUGUCAUGCUGUUUCGUCGUAUAUUGCUAAUUAUAAUGGCUUCAGUACCAUGUGUAAUUUGAAAAGCUGGAAUCUGUGGAGGAAUAAUAAAAACAAUUGUCUGAAACAUGCAAAUAAGAUGAAUAAAAGUGAAGCACCAAAUAAAUUUCUUCUUCUGCAUCUGAUGUAUGUACAAAUUGUACUGAGGUUUUGCGGAACAGUAUUUGAUCAAUGGCCUUGUCAUGGCGGCUUGCCAUACGAGCUUGAAAGUUACCAGAUUCACGGUGUAGUUUGCAUUUCAAAAAUUAGAUACUUUCUAUUUUUAUAUUCUUACUUCAUCAUAUUAUCUCCUGUCUGUUACUUCUGGGCACUGGUUUUUUACUGCUGCUCAUGUACCGAGAGUGGUUCUGAGAUAUUAGGUCAAAUUUAUCCUGUGUGAGCAAUGAACACCAUGAUACUUACUGUCAAGAUAAGAUGUACUGUUCAUAUAUUAUCAUUUGUUUCAGUUGUGGGGCUGGAUUUGCGGAAAUAAUUUCCAUAUUUUUUUGUUUAGACGUUUGUGGAACCUUACGUGAAAUAUACACAGAUAUUAAUCUUCAUUGAUAUAACCAAUACAAUAAUGAGUGCCAGUAAUUAAAUGUGAAAUUAACUUUCUGUAUUUCCUAAAAACAGUAUUUUACUUGUCAGUGGUGGGUGUGGCAGUGGAAAAUUUGUGUUCAUAUUUGAAUUUUUCAUACAGUAUGUGAAGAAGAUAGUUUGUGCCAAGCAAAUAAAAUGUCAUUCCUACUUGAAAUGAGUGUCAUAACUUCAAUAAUUGUAUUGAGUUGGUAACUGCAGUGGGUAAUACCUUCGGAAUAAUUGAUAUCUAGGACUGAAAGCAAAUAGAAGAACUGCAUAUGGUUUGUAAAAAUGCUACUAGAGAUCAUCAUGAAGUUAUGAAAAUAGAAACUGGAAAGUGAUGUAUCAUGUAUGUGAAGCAUGGGAUUAAUUGAUCAAAUAUUUGAGGGAAAUGCCACAUAUGAGCAAAUGUUAACUUGACCGUUCAACUGUAUUUACACUACUCACUAACAGGAAAUUCCGAAUGCACAGUCAUACUUUUUUAUUUCAUCUGUAAAUGUGUGCUUAUAUCCAUGAGUUGCUUCAUUUUUAUUCAUCGAGGCUUAGCUCUGUCCAUAAUGUUUUGUUCAUUGCAAGGAAGAAUCUCAGAAUAUGGUCUAGUGUCAAGAUUUGCUAGCACCUUGAUGGUGAUGAUCUUGUAGCUUCAUUUUGGUGCAAUCGGAAAAUGUUAAAUGUUUAUAUGUAUAGUUCUUAAAUAUUGAACUUCCUCCUCUGCUUUCUUUUGUUUUCAUUGUACAGGUUGUUGGCGUGUAUUUAAAAUUUAAAUUGGCUGGAUGAACCAGAUAUAGAAAUUUUUAGUGAAUAGUAUUUCUGACUGAAAAUACAGAGAAUGCAAAAUUAUUUUGGAUAUAAAAUGUAAAUUGCAUGUAUGGAGACUUAUUGGCUUUAUUACUGAAUACAACUUAAUUUUUUUUUCUUGGACGCUGCCAAGGCAGAAAUUGUUGUUUAGUAUGUCCAUUAUUAUGGUUGGAAAACACGAUACCAAAGCAAAAAUGUCUGUUUAUCUUCAGCGUUAAAACUUGUGGCUUUGUUGUGUCAUUAGGUUUCAUGUAUAAGAUGUUACCAACUUGGUGUAAAGUAUCUGCAGUUAGUGGAAAAACAUUUCAUUGCAUUUUCAUGUUAGGAUAUUGAAUCCUCUCAUUAUAAAAUGGCAUCUGUCAGACUUUCAUUUUUUCCAUUUGGUGUCAGUUUUUGUGAAAUAUAUGUGUGAAACAUAUUAGCUGAGUGUAAGCAUGCAAGGUAAAAAUUCCAAUAUUUAAGCAAAAUGAUACAUGUAUGACUUUUGGAACAAAUUACCUUUUUUUUCAAUAAAAUUAUAAAUGGAAUUGAUAA